CAGGAAUCGGAUAUUAUUGUUAAUUUAUCCGACUGUACACCCAAACUUUUUUUUUAAAAAAAAACAAAUUUUCUUUUCUAGAGGAAAAAUCCACAAAAGCGACGACAAAAAAAAAAUGUCACAAAAUCUCCAUUUCCUCUCUUCCCUCUUUCUAAUUUCUUCGUAGUAAUUUACCCAAAUUUCUUUUCCUUUGAUUCACCGAAAUUUUGAUCCCUUUCUCAAUUUUCGAGUCAAAAUCCAUCUAAAAUUCUGUGCUUUCUUCUCUAAAUCUCUCGAAAUUACUCCGAUUUCUAAUCUGUUUAGGGUUUCCAUCGCCUAAUUAACUCGGCUUUAAAAUUGGCGAUCGGUUUCCUUCGGUGAACUGUUUGGGGCUCCGAAUUUUAUCGAUUUCGUGGUGGGUUUGGUUUUUUGAAGCGAUCACGAUGAUGUUUUCUAGCUGAUGGCGAAUUGACUAGCUGGAAUCAGGAUUAUGAUGUUCCAUUAUCUUUCUACAACAAUGGAUCUCUGAAGAUUUCUUCGAAUGUUUUGAAUCCAAGGAUUGUCGUCUAGAGGAUUUUUCUUUAUUUCUGGGGGUUAAAUGCUGAAUUGGAAAACAGAUCCAGGAGCAAAUUGAGGAAGAGGAGGGUUCGUUUGAUAUUUUGAUUUUCGAAUUUGAGGUUUUUUGUUUUUGCUCAAGUGAUCGGAGAAGAUGGAUCAUGUGAUUGGUGCGAAGUUUAAGCUUGGAAGGAAAAUUGGUAGUGGAUCAUUUGGAGAGCUUUAUCUAGGUGUAAAUGUCCAAACAGGAGAAGAAGUUGCUGUCAAGCUGGAAUCUGUCAAGACCAAGCAUCCCCAACUUCAUUAUGAGUCCAAGCUGUAUAUGCUGCUUCAAGGAGGAACUGGGAUUCCGAAUCUCAAGUGGUUUGGAGUUGAAGGUGAACACAGCGUAAUGGUUAUUGACCUUCUAGGUCCUAGUCUUGAGGACUUGUUUAACUACUGCAACAGGAAGUUCACCUUGAAAACUGUUCUCAUGCUUGCAGACCAACUUCUUAACAGGGUCGAAUACAUGCAUACUCGAGGUUUCCUUCACCGUGAUAUAAAGCCUGAUAAUUUUUUAAUGGGGCUUGGACGCAAAGCUAAUCAGGUGUAUAUCAUUGAUUACGGAUUAGGGAAGAAAUACAGAGACCUUCAGACUCACAAGCACAUUCCUUACAGAGAAAACAAAAAUCUCACUGGCACGGCUCGGUACGCAAGUGUCAACACUCACCUUGGAGUCGAACAAAGUCGAAGAGAUGAUUUGGAAUCACUUGGUUAUGUGCUUAUGUAUUUCAUCAAAGGAAGCUUACCAUGGCAGGGAUUAAAAGCUGGGACAAAGAAGCAGAAAUAUGACAGAAUCAGUGAGAAGAAAGUAUCAACACCUAUAGAGUUUUGCUUUACUGUUUCAAGCCACUCUCGUCUCAUAUUUUGUGUCAAAUUGUUGAAACUCUUGCUUGUAGGUUACCAAUUCGAUUAUGUAUUUGACUGGACAGUCCUUAAGUACCCUCAAAUCGGUUCCAGCUCUGGUUCUAGCUCACGGACAAGGCAACAUACAACCACGAAACCAGGAUUCAACACAGGUCCUUCUAUCGAAAGACAAGACAGGACCGCAGGAAAAGAAACAACCCGUGAUAGAGUCUCAGGUGCAGUGGAAGCCUUCACCCGAAGGCACCCGACAACAACUUGUACGCCACGUGAUCGUCCUAGAUCAAGAAACUCUGAUGACGGACCUUUCACUAAGCACACGCAUGGAGAGUCUGAAAGACCAAACAGUUCCUCAAGAUACAGAACAUCUUCUUCUAGGAAAGCCGUUGCUGCGUCAAGCUCUCGGCCAAGUUCUGCAGGCGGACCAAGCGAAAGCCGAGCUUCGAGCCGUAUGGUUUCAUCAAGCGGCGGUGGUGGAAGCGGCAGUGGCAGUGGCCGUCCUUCGACCAGUCAGAGAAUCCAAGCUGGAUAUGAAUCUAAGACUCUGUCUUUCUCUCGUGCAACUGCUGCAAGAAACAGUCGUGAAGAUCAGUUAAGAAGCUUCGAGCUUCUCUCUCUUCGGAAAUAAAAGGAAAAUGAGUGAGAGAGACAGCAAACUCCAUGAAAACCCAUCAGAAGAGAAUCUUUUGGUUAGAAAGAUUUCAUAUACUUGAAAGAUCUUUACAGGUAAAUUUCAGAUACAGCCUUGCAGAGAUCUUUCCCCACCAACUCUUGUUUGUUUUGUAUAUUUAAAUCGUGAUGUGUUUAGACAAAAAAAAUGAACAAUCAAAAAUGUAGAGUCUCCAUGUAAAAACGGUAAAGUUGUAUCCUUAUAUUCGAUUACUUCGACUAUCUGUAAUAAACCAAAAACAAAAACAAAAAGUUGUAUCAUAUCUUCUAUAUUACGAAGUUAAAACACUUUCUUGCAAGGCACACAAGAAGACAC